AUGAUUUACCAGAAACUGAGGAGGGCGUUCUGCAAUACAGUGGCGGAUGCCAUAAUCAUCGGCCUCGAAAUUAACGACAAUGAGAGGGUGUGCCAGAUGAAGAAAGGGAUGCCUUUUAGAAAGAGCUCAUCAGUGAGAACUAUUGAUGCUUUGGAAGUACAAUGA